AUGGUGCGAGCUCGAAAAUGGAUGUACGUCAGCCGUCCGGAUGGCGAACCGAAGCCGGCGAAUUUUUCCAUCGAAGAAGAAGAACUUCCGCCGCUUGAGCUUGGAGAUUUUCUCGUCGAAACUGAGUACUUCAGCCUGGAUGCCGGUCUGCGUGGGUAUAUGGAGAUCGGAAUACUCCCAGUUGGCAGUCCCGUCGUUGGUAUGACAAUUGCGAAAGUGAUCGAAUCCCAGUGUGCCGAUUUUCCGGUCGGCGUUUAUGUCUGCGCCCGGCUGGGGUGGAAAACGCACGCAAUACUGAACCCGUCCAAGCACAAGGACCAACGGCCGUACGUCGUGCCAGGCUUGGAAGGACGUUCCCGGGCGCUGGGGCUAGGUGCACUGGGACUUUCCGGCAACACGGCAUACUUUGGAUUCCUUGAGAUCUGCAAACCACGCCCAGGAGAGACAGUUGUUGUAAGCGCAGCAGCCGGUGCCGUUGGCAGCCUUGUGGGUCAGAUUGCGAAACUGCACGAUUGUCACGUGGUAGGCAUCGCUGGGUCGGAGGAAAAAGUUCGUUGGCUAAAGGACAUCGGCUUCGAUGAGGUCAUCAACUACAAAACCGGGUCAGUCCGUGAACAAUUGCGUCUGGCGGCACCGCGUGGAAUCGAUUGCUACUUCGAUAAUGUGGGCGGCGAGAUAACAGAAAUAGUACGGGAGCAGAUGAACCUGUACGGGCGUAUCUCGGUAUGCGGCACUGUGUCGAGCUACAACGGUACCCCGUCGUUGGUUAGUGAUCCUCAGCGUGACUUCGUCUCGAAGCAGGUUCGUCAGGAAGGCUUCGUCGUGUUCCGCUGGCAACACCGUUGGAUGGAAGGCAUCAAGCAGUUGCUCGAAUGGAUCGACCAAGGCAAGCUCGUCCACCGGGAAACGGUCUACGAGGGGUUUGAUAAUGCACCGAUCGCGUUUGUGAGCAUGCUCCGGGGCGACAACAUUGGGAAGGCUGUACUGAAGGUUUGA